AUGGCAGACGGUUGUGGCUCGACCUGUCCAGUGCCGACGGGGUUUUAUUCCUAUGAUCAAUCCUUGGUUGGAGACUCUGUCCUUCUUGCCGCGUAUGGCAUCCUCGCCCUAGCCGCCACCUAUCUGGGAUUUCGAUACCGGACGCCAUGGUUUUCGGCGACAUUAGCAGUCGGCCUAUUGCUCGAGACUAUCGGAUUUGCCGGCCGACUCCUCCUCAAAGGCUCACCGAAAGCCCCAGCAUUCUUUGUAUUAUCGAUGGUGGGCACCGUCAUAGGCCCGCCUUUGAUGGGCGGCGCCAUCUUCUUGACCCUGCCGCAUGUUAUCCGAGUAUAUGGGGAGCAUCUUAGCCCGGUACGACCACUGUUGAUCGGGUUCGUGACUUAUGCGCUGGCAGCGGUGGCCAUGAUUGUUCAAGUCGUCGGGAUGAUCUUUGUCGCAUAUGAUUUCAACGGCAUUGGGCGAGCUGGCGGCUCUCGCCUUGUUGUCGGUGGGCUAGGCAUUCAACUGCUUUCGCUUUUGGGGUUCAGUGUAUUUCACUUCUGGUUCAUGAUUGGGCUCAGCUCUCAGAAGACCACCUGGGCUCCUACGUUUUCCGUCGUCUAUAAAUCGGUUCGCUUCAGGAGAUUCUUACUUGGAAUGGAGAUGGUAUCUCUACUUCUCUUGACUUACACAGUCUAUCGCAUCGUUGAGAUGGCCGAGGGAAUACACGCUCGACUCUUCCAAAGUCAAACGGCUUUCAUGAUCGUUGUCGGGGCACUGCCACUCACUGCCGCGCUUCUAUCAACGGUUUUCCAUCCCGGAGCUGCCUUCGGUCCCGCCUGGGGCCUGACCUCAUCCCUACGCGUAGACACGGGGUCCAACGCCGGCCUCGCAUACGGGUCGCCCUCAAUCCAGUCACCCCUCGAGCAGAUUCAACACCAAGCUCAUUUCCGCUACGAUCCUACCCUUCGAGGUACGAAAUCACCACCAAUGAACACAUUGACACACCCAUCGAGGAUACCAGGGCCGCCAUCUGGACUCCCCAUCAACCCUAGGCCAGGGGCUGGGAUGACUCCAGUACCAUCACCCAGUGGGACCGCUUGGAAUUCAGAGACCGCAAGAUACAGUAGGGCAGAGAAGCCCUCAAUUCCACACAGGAUGGUAGAGGACGACACGCUUUGGUGA